CAGAAUCUGAAGUUUUUAGGCGUGUGCUACCUGAAUUCAAAUUGAAGCAAUUGAUUUAUGGGAAAUUACAAUCACCUUUUGUUCCACGUGUCAAUCAGCUGGAAGGCCACUCUAAAAUGCUCCUGUCAGAUCUCUAGGGCCAUGAGUGAAUGCCAACGGUCACUGCCUCUAAAACACAUCAAUUAAUUAUGUUAAUUAACAUCAAAGGCACAUGAAGUAGUAAAAGCUAUCAAAGAGCCAUCACAGACAGUGGCACAGAUGCUGUGAUUCCCAUCCUAAGUACCACACCGAUGAACACACAGGCCUGUUCUCAGAGAGAGAGGCCACUCCAGGUCACGGGUCUUCGGUGAGAUUGCCUAUCUUCAGUUCAAGUCCCAUAGUCUCCGUGCUCUAAUCACAGUGAAACUCUUCCUUUCCCAUUGCCCCGGUCUGUAGAUUCCUGUUCUGAACACAACACAACUGUUGCACUUGAGCAAAAAAGGCAAAAAACCUCUACAACUACCUCAGUAAACAUCCAGCUGUGCUCACUCAAAAAAUGUUGCCUUCUGAAUGCUGAGACCCUCCAGGACUAACGUUUGACUGAUCAACCAUCUCAUUGACUCAUCAAUGAAAAAACAUGUGGGAACCGAACGUCUCAUUUAUUUGUGUUAAACUAAUAUAAUAUUUUACGUAAAUUGAAAUGUACGCUCAAUUGGUCUGUAAUCGAGAAAGAGAGAGAGAGAGAGAGAGAGAGAGAGAAUGAAUGGCAAUGAGGUUCUCUUCACGGCCUUGUUUGCUCUAGAUAAAAGUGUGUCUAAAUACUACACCUGGACAUGGGCAAUUUCAAUAUAGUAACCUUUGCAAACAAGCAUUAAGGCAAUAUGAUGAUCCCGUGGAAUUUAAAUUGCCUGACCCGUUAUCAGUUUUUACAUAAUGUCCUACGUUCAGACACGUGCCCCUGUUAUGCACCGCCACUCGAGUACAGUAGACCAAUAAAGCUGUGUAAACAACUAAGAGGAUACAUGUUCAAAUAUACACGUAAAAAAUUCAAUGAAUGCAUUCAAUCGACUUGUAUUUCAAUAUCACGUUAAGCUUCAGUUCUCUAAUGCAACUAAUAAGUAAUUUAUUUUGAAAACAAAAAACAAAACAACAAUCAGUUUUUCUUGCACUACUGCCACGAGGCACAGUAGGGACUGAUCAAUGUUAUGUUUUCCCCCUACCAAACGACCUGUGCAGGCACGGUUUGUCCUAAGGCAAAUAUUUACGUUUGAACUGGUCUACGCAAACAAAUCGGAGGAUGUCUAAUCCUUGCACCUGUUUAAUAAAUAAUUAAUAUCACAGGCUAAUGGGUCAAAUAUUAACGUUUCUGGAGGCCAUGGUACUGUAUAAAUACAGCGUCGCGCCAAAAAGAAGUUCAUCUUCAGAAAAACAUCAACUUUGACGAUACAUCUGCGCUUUAAAAAAAAAAAAUCUACCCCACGUUUUGUAAUGAGUGGAUUAUCUCUUCGGCACUUGUGGGUGGAGAUAGUAUUUACAGCCAGUCUAUCUCUAGCUCCAGCGCUGGCCUCGCCGAUUUUAGGCGCCGAGCCGAUUCGCUGCGCGCCCUGCACCCCGGAGAAGUUGCUUGAAUGUCCGGCUGUUGCGCCGGAUUGCGAGGAGGCCAUGCGAGAGCCCGGCUGCGGAUGCUGCCUUACCUGCGCUUUGAAGAAAGGACAGUCCUGCGGAGUUUACACCGCGCCUUGCGCUUCAGGGCUACGCUGCUCUCCACGACCGGAGGACCCUCGGCCCCUUCAUUCGCUUACGAGGGGGCAUGCCGCCUGUACUGAAUCUGAACAAAGCGAAUCUCCUCAAAAUCCAGAAAACGGUGAUGCGAACGCAGACGGCUCCGCAUACCACUUACUGGGACUCAAACCGUAUGAUCCGAAGGACAUUUGGGAGGCGCAGGAAAGCCUGAAAGCAAAGAUCAACGCCAUCCGGAAAAAACUUGUGGAGCAGGGCCCUUGUCACGUGGAGUUACAACAAGCCCUGGAGAGGAUCGCCACGUCCCAGCAGACGUUAGGAGACAAGUUCACCACUUUCUACCUUCCCAACUGCGACAAGCACGGCUUCUACAAAUCGAAGCAGUGUGAAACAUCUUUGGCGGGAGAGCCGGGGAGGUGUUGGUGCGUGUCCUCCUGGAAUGGGAAAAUGAUCCCGGGUUCCACCGACCUUCUCGCGGACUCUGGCUGCCAGCAGGAGCUGACUCACUAGCGCCCUCUCAUGGGGCUACACCUGUUAACACUCAAACUUUCCUUAUUUAUUGAAAACGGUACGUCUAUUUAUUUAAUACUCUUCACACCACUGGUACACUGAUUCUCGAGAAAAGUGACAAAAGAUCACUUUCUGAGUAUAAAUGAAUUUCAGUUUAUUUACAUCGCAUAUACUUAUUUAUUUCACAUAUUUAUGGAUAUUGUGUUUGGUAAUUGUCAUUUUUAAAAACAAGUUUUCUUGCCAAUGAGGUCAGUGAUGGCCUUCUCUCAUAUCAAUUUUGACCAAAAAUGCUGAAAUAAAUUACUUCUUUCCAUUCAUGAAAAGCUUAUUCAAAAGCUAGAGCUGUGAAAUUCAUUUUUGUUUUGGCACUGCAGAAAUAUGUAAUAGAUCAGAUAUGACUUUUGAAUGGGUAUUCACAUUAUCUACCUCUGUUAUAGAAUGUAGUUAAUUUUUCUGACCUUUGUGUUUUAUGAAGUCUUGUCUUCAGAUUUAAUUGCUUUUUUCUAAAUAAAAACAACUGCUGCUACUAUUUUGUGUUCUAAAUGAACAUCUUUUCUAAAUGAACCAUUUCUUUGUAUGUUUUUUGUAAAUAUGGCUUUCAAAAUAUCUUUAAUAAAUCAUCUAAUCUAA